ACCUCUCGAUUUUUGGCCUGCACUUUGAACCUUUCGUGCGAGUAAAGAUACGAAUUAGAGUGCGCCUGUCCGCAUUCCGGUUCGCCCUGCUCCGCCGUCCAACUGUCCACCGCAUUUUCGGCUCGGAAUCAGAAACAGAAUCAGAAUCCCGCGGAACUCGCUGCCGUGCACAUCGCAACGCAUUUUCACAGCUGCGUUUUCAGCAUUUUUGUUCCGCUCUCUCCGGUUCACAGAGCGCUCCGUUCCGCUCUCUCCGCGCGCGCUCCUACAAUUCCAUUGAUAACCUGCCCCGCCCCCGCCGCCCAUACCGCCCCCUCAAGUUUUCCCAAAGUGCAAAGCAAAUCAAAGUAAAGCAAAGCAAAGCCAACCAAAUCAAUCAAUUAAAAUAGUACACCAAAUAGUGCAUUGCGUGUGUUAAUUAAUUUAGUUCGCCUUCGCCCCCUCUCGCGAAUUCUUUGUGUUUAUUAAUUAGCAAGCGGUGCAUAGUUUCCGGCGGAAAAAGGCAACUUUCCGUUAUUCUCGAGCUUCCGCUUGGCGGCCAAAAAAAGAAGAGAAAGGAUAAUCCAACAUGACGCACUGGGAGGACUUCUACAACACGCACCUGCCGCCCGCGGAUUUCGAGGACAAUCGCUCCCUGCUCAAGGAGUUCUGCGAAAGGCACAACAAGCUACAGAACCGCAUCGUCCUCGUCACGUCCGGCGGCACCACAGUUCCCUUGGAACACAACACGGUGCGGUUCGUGGACAACUUCAGCGCGGGCACACGGGGCUCCGCUUCGGCGGAGUACUUCCUCGACCAUGACUACGCCGUGAUCUUCAUGCACCGCCACAAGUCGCUGGAGCCCUUCACCCGGCACUUCACUGGCCAGCAGUUCUUCGACAUGCUGGACAUUGCGGACAACAGCCAGAGCUCCACGAUAGCCAUCAAGCCGGACUCGGUGGACGUGUUUGCGCCGGUGUUGGCCAAGUACAAGAUCGCCCGCGAAACGCAGAUGAUCCUGUACGUGAACUUCACCAGCGUGGUGGACUACAUGUGGCUCCUCCGAGCCGCCUGCGAGUGCCUGGCCGCCUUCGAGGAGCGGGCCGUGCUCUACCUAGCAGCCGCCGUAUCCGAUUUCUACAUACCCGAGGACAUGAUGCCCACCCACAAAAUGCAAUCGGGAGAUGGGGCGCCAACGAUUUCGCUUCAGCUGGUGCCAAAAAUGCUGGCCCCCCUCGCCAGUUUGUGGGUGCCGCACGCCUUUGUGGUGUCCUUUAAGCUGGAAACGGACGAAAGCCUAUUGAUUGUGAAGGCACGUGACAGCCUCAACAAAUACAAGCACAAGCUGGUCAUUGCCAAUGUGCUACAGACACGCAAACAUCGCGUGGUCUUCGUCACGCCCACAGAUUCCUACGAGCUGCAUUUGAGCCGCGAACAGACGCUGCAGGGGCUCGAGAUCGAGGAGCCCAUCGUGGCCGACUUGGUGCAAAAGCACGGCGAGUUCAUCAGCAACGUGCAACAGCGCCAAUGACCGUUGUCCAUGCGCCGGAGGCCCCAGACGCAGCAACAUCUGCAGCAUCAGCAGCACCACCACCAACUGGCCACCGGCGACGAGGACGACGAAGGCGGCGAUCUGGAUCGGGAUCCGUAUUGCGUGACCAGCUCGCAUUAUUGCCGCGUUCUGAAUCCGGGCACGCCAAGCUUUGCCCGCAAAUACUGAGCAGGUUAAAUAGUCCAUAGUGAAUACUGAAAUGUGGAUGGCAGACAUUUGCAUAUUCCUUACCGUUUGAGUUCCCCCGCCACAAUUUAUCUAUUUAUGAAGGUCGCGCCUCAUAAUUGAGGUGGCUUCGCUCCAUUAGACCUUUCCCCCGUGUUGUUGUUUUUUUUUAAUAUUAGUUAAUGUAUUUCGUUUAUUGUUGUCAUGAGAAAUGAUGUCACUUGUAUGUAUUCACCAUCCCCCUGGUUCGGUUACUUUCCUUGUCUUCCUUUGUUUGCCGGCACGUUUAUGUCAUCGAGUAUACGCAGCGUGUUGCGCAGACAUCAAUGGGCGAUUUUGAUUUAUGUUUGUGACAGAGCUUAUGCUGCUUAGGUAUAUAUAUUUAAUGAAGCAUCGAUCGCCCCACCGUUGAAUUUAAAUCCCCAAACAUGUGUGCUUAAAAUGUGAAAAUCAAAACAGCGAAAAAGGUGCAUGCAAUAGCAAUUUGCUGGACGAAGCGUCCCUGGACAACUGCUGUUGACGUGACAAUUGAUUCGCUGUUUUGCAUAUAUAUAUAGGACCUAUGUCUGUUUGGGUUGGAAAAAAGGAAAGCUUGGCCUGUCUGGUGUCCUUGUCGUUGGAAAUUUAUGGCGGCUCAAGCCUUGGCGCCUGUCUAUCCGAAGCAGGUCAAGUGCCAACGAGCAAAGGUCAGCUUAAAGCACCUCAAUUUGAGUUUCACAGCGGUGUGGCAAAACCUAAUUAACAUCUCACACAGACACUGAGUUAUUUCUUGGCCGGCAGAGAUAGGCUGGGGCUUCGUAUCCUUAUCCUCGGGGUCCUUUGCGGACCGCCGCCUCUGCCACAUUUUUAUUGCAUGUUAUGUCGCUGCCACGCCUCACGGCCCUAAGCUCUAAGCCGCCCGCUUAAACGUGGGACUGUGGUGAAGGGUUGUCGGUGGUUUAGUAUCCUCCUUUCAUGGAGUUGUAACCACUUCCGUCCCGCCCGCAUUUGUGGUUUUCAUUCUCCUUUUUUUUGCAGCCCAGAACUAUGCAGUGUGUUGUGUGCCCUGCUGUUUUGUUUUCGUUCGUUUUGUGAAGCGGGCAAAAAAUUCACAUUUUUUCUGUCCUGACGUUUGGGGUUUACGUUGGUUCUGUGUGGAGGGGCUCUUUUGUUUGUGCCUGCAUCAAAUUAAAUUUUAUUGCGCUCGCACGCACCGCAAACACUGGCCUGGGAACAGAUACGAGAUACGAAAAAAAACGGGAAACAAUCACACAUAUGGCUUAGGACUUAAGCCUGGCUCCAUUUUCCUUUCGUUUUCACAUCUUGUUGCUGGGUUUUUAUGGCCUCACCUACGUGCACCCACAUAUCAAGUCGCCCUCAUGUGAACUUCCCCGCGUAUCGAUUGUACAUUAAAGUAUAAGCAUAAAAAUUCAGUUUGCCAACAUGAGUUGCGUACAAUAAAAUAUGUAUAACUAGCCAAGUGUGCGAACAAGAUGGAACUCUUUGGACCGGGAGCUGCGGAUGGUAUUUGCCUUUAUUGGCAAACAGCGUUUUUUUUCUGAAAGCUUAUUAAGAGUGUACGUAAGCAUGCCAACCAUAAAUUAAAUACUUAAAUAUCUGAUAAGUGUUCAAUCCAUAAAUGUAAAUUCAAGAAGAACCUCUCCAUAUCCAUACUUUAGGACUGAAUUCUUAUUGAUUUUAUAAACAGACAUCCGAAUAAACUUCUUAGUCAACCUCUAACUAAAUACAUAAAAGAAAUUCAAUAAAAAAGAAAAUCAAAAGUUCACCUACUUUUCAAGUCACAUCUAUCUAUGUAAAACUAUUCUAUAUACAUAACAUUUACUAUAAUAUCCAAGAGCGGAAUAAAACCAAGUGAACCAAUUUGUUAAAGUUUCAAUAUCCAAUUUGGACCAACCCGUAUGAACAAAAUUUGAAAAAAUACGAAAAAGCUAUGAUAAAAGAAAUAUAUAUAUAUCUCGAUGUAUACCUUGAAAAGAAAAGAGAAACCAAGGAAUUUCCAUUGAAUAUUUACUCUCUACAAGCAUUUUGCCCCUUAAGCUAGAUAACUAUUUUAUUGUUGAAAUUGGUAGAACAAGAACACCCAAAUCCAAUUGUACGCAAUGCAGUUAUGGUCACUGCACCUGCCCCUUUCUUACCGGAAUCCAUGAGCUGUUUAACUGUAAAACUGUUGUAAAAUGUUUACCACAAUGUACCAUAUAUACCGUAUUGAGUGUACUAACGUCUAGUAUCCGUAUACUUAUACAUCUACAAAGUACAUAAUUAUAUAUAUUUGAGUGUGUAUUAAACUGGAAAUGAAAUAGCUUU